AUGCGUCGAUUCGUGUCCACCGUGCUGCUUUUUCUCCUUUGGCUCGCCGGUGGUCCCUGCGCCCUCGCGGAGCACCGCUGCAUCUUUGACAGGGUCGCCUUGAAUUGGUCCCAGCUGCAGACCGCCGUGGUGCAGGAGCUCCCACGGGGAAGAGCAGGCGCAUGGCAGGCGUACACCGUGUCCACCCCUGACUGGGCGCCGAUCCGGAUUAAAGUGUUUGCGGAGGACCUGAAGGACACGACGAAGUACUGCACGGUGCGGGGAGACGUACGAUCGGAUUUCACUGGGGGCAGGGUUUUGUGCCGGCGGCAGGAUGUUCUCACGAAAGAGAAGAUGAGAAUUAUGGUCAACAGGCUGCUGCCCGAGGCCGUCAAGCUGCACACGGAGCGGCUUUUUGUACAGCCCGUCAGUGGCGUCUUGAGGUUGCCAAGGUUCAAGCUGGGAGUCUGCGGCGAGUUUACUGUCCCCAUCACGCACCACUUGUCGGGAGUUGUUGGUGCCGACAUGUUGCUGUACGCUGCCGCUGCACCCACCAUCGGUGGGACUGUCGCGUGGGCCUCCACGUGUGUGACGCUGCAGGACGGACGGCCGGCUGCUGGUGUGUUGAACCUCAGCCCGAGCUUCAUUGCCCCCAAGAGAGAAAGCAUACGCGUGGUCUCGCACGAGAUUGCGCACGCGCUGGGGUUUAACAGUAUAUUAAUGUGGAGGCUGGGGAUGAUCAGCAGGCGCUCGGAUGUCCGCGGCAAGGCAAUGACGUUCGUCGUGGACUCCAACGAGACACUCGCGAGGGCGAGGGAGCACUACGACUGCAGCACCGCCCCCGGCAUGGAGCUUGAGGACGAGGGCGGGGAAUUUACAGCACACUCUCACUGGGAACGCCGUAACGCGAAGGAUGAGCUGAUGAGCCCGCUGAUUGGCGCCGGCUUUUACACCGCGUUGACGAUGGCGUUUUUUUCAGACAUGGGUUUCUAUCGUGCAAACUUCAGUAUGGCAGAACCCAUGGGCUGGGGUUACAAGGCUGGCUGUUCGCUUCUGCAGGAAAAGUGCAUGCAGAACGGGGUUACGGCACACCCGGAGAUGUUCUGCUCCGAUAUUCUCAAAACUCCAGCCUGCACCUCUGACCGCCGUGCUCUGGGACACUGCUCGAUUGCGGUCCACGACGAAAGGCUUUCUCCCGAGUAUCAGUACUUUGUGGAGGAAAACGUUGGUGGCUAUCGGAAUACUUUUGUGGAUUUCUGUCCCAUCAUUAUUCCUUCCGAAAUUGGGGGCUGUGCAGAUGGAAACUCUUUCUUGAUGCCUGGGAGCCGUGUGGGUCCACAAUCGUUGUGUCUGAAGGGCAAUUCGCUUGAGAUGGAAUUUCAUGGGCGUAUUGGUGACAUCUGCGCGGAGGUGUCGUGCCAGGCGGGGAUUGUCCGUGUUCGGUACCUUGGUAAUGAUGCCUGGCACUUGUGUCCAGAAGGCGCGUCACUGACCCCAAAGUCGCCGUUCAUUGGAGGCCAAAUUUUAUGCCCAAGGGCCGUUGACGUAUGUUCCCAGUUGUCUGAUACAUCCCCUGGCGAGAGCGCACAUGAGGAGAAUCGAGAUGAAAUUGACACCCCCGAUAAGAGGGAGGAAAAAGGGAUGGAUGACACCUCUGCUCCUGCAGAAAAAAAGCAUGAUGAUCGCAGGAAACGUGAACCGAGUCUAAUUGAGAAAAUGUGUCGGCUGCUUGGAAUCAACUGUCCUAAGAUCAAUUGGAGAAAUGUCUGGUCCUUCUUUUCCUCCCGUGGCAUGGGGUAA